UUUUAAUGAAGGGUAGAUAAUACCGCCAUGUUGGCAACUAGGGUAUUUGUAGCCGUUGGAUUAACUAGGGAAAUGGAGGGCGGAGAUUGAUUUAAAUGACAAAGCGAGCGCAUCUGAGGCCUCCACGUAGGCAAAUUUGUAGAUGUGAAAUAGCUCCCCUUCAAAAACAGAUGAUGAGCGAGAGAUUGUGUUCAGCAGAAAUAAAAGGAUUCAUUUAGAGAGAGAAAGAGAAGAGCAACUUGUGAAAGCUGAAAGCGAAAGGAGGUAGAGAGAGAGAGAGAGAGAGAGAGAGAAAGAUCUUAAAAGAAGAUUGCGGUUUUAUCCGGCCGGAUUUAUACUAAAUCUCGGGUGUUUUCCGGCGAUUGCUUAAUUUCCGGCGAAUUAUGCGAUAAAGCGGAGUCUGAUGAGAUAUUAUCGGGUAGGGUUUGUUGAACCGGGUCAAGCUCCGAUUUUUAUCAGGAAAUUACAGUAAUGGAUAGGAACAGAGAAGCCAGAAGAGCUACUAGUAUUGUGGGUUCUAAUGGCUUCAAUAAAAGAAGACACAGAACAAAUAGUCUCAGAGAUUCCCCAGAUGAAGAGGGGGGGAUUGAGUUGCAGGAAUCUGCGAGAUUAAGGGAGAGAGUGAAGAAAGAUCGAGAUCGAGAGAGGGAGAGAGAGAGAGAACGGGAGAGAGAUUUAAGAGAGAGAGAAAGGGAGAGAGAUUUAAGAGAGAGGUCCAGCCGUAGUAGCAGUAAGAGAAGAAGAGCAGAGAGAUUAGCUACCAACAGAGACGAUAUCGGUGGAGAUGAAACUACAGAUGAAAGCUUCAACGAAGACGACGAUGAGGAAGACGAACACACCGCCACCGCAGCCGCCGCCGUUCGGUCGUUUCCGCCGCCGCAGACGGCGGCGGCCGGUUCCAUUUCCAACCACCACCACCACAACCAAAACCACAGUUUCAGCACUAGUUUUAGUCAGCAGCAUAGUAGCAGCAGCGGUAAUAUUAUGAGUAGUAAUAACAACCAUCUACAGCAUCGGAAAAGCUUCCCACUGAGCUCUUCCUCCGCCAAGGUCUUGAGAGCGCCGCCGGUCUGGAAAUCCGGCGAUGAAAUGAUCAGCGCCUCCGUUCCAAGAAAAGCUCGCUCUGCGUCUACGAAGAGGCUGCAUGAUUGGAUUUCAAGCAGCAGUAACAACAACAGCAGUGGCGGUGGAGUCGAACAGAAUCCCGGCCAAGUUUCCGAUUCUCCGGUGGGACAGGCCCCGGUUUCUGCAUCACCUCCGUUGCAAAUUCCGGCGGCCGCCGCCGCGCCACUCUCUCCGUCUUCUUCCAAUGCUUCCGCCAGAAAGAAGCUUAAAACUUCCAUUAGCAAUCCCGGGCAGAAACUCAAGCCACCGCAAAAGGUCUCAUCUUCUUCAAAGCCCAGCUCAUCGAAUCCCGAAGAAUUGGAGAUCGAAAUCGCGGAGGUUUUAUACGGUUUGAUGACACAAUCACAAGGCCCUUCUUCUUCAUCGAAGAAAGAAGAUUCUAGAGAAGUUAAGAAUUCCGAAGCAAAUACUUCGAGCCCUCUUUCCGCUGUCGCCCCAAAGAGAAAAAGGCCGAGGCAAAUACCGGAGAAUUCCGUUUACCGAGACCCUGUUCCUGCGAAACCAGGGGCAGAGCAGAUGCCGAAGAUCGAGAUUUUGUCUCCUAAUUUGGAGAAAAUUUCUGGAUCCGGAGGUGAAAUUGGGUACGAAAUGGGGGGUAAUUCUGUAAUUUCACAAGCAGAGCCGCCCGUACCGGCAGCAUCGGAAUCGACGAAGCUGGAUUUGGAGUUGAAUUCGGUGGUGGAAGAAUUGAGGGAGAACCGAGAUUUGGUUGCUAAGGAAGAGGUGACGUCACCAAAGGAGAAAGAAUCUCCUGCAUUAAGAACAUUAAGAACAGAGAAUAGCAGCAACAUGGAUUUACAGUCAACAACUGUCAUUAAAGAGAAUUUGGUGUCGCUGAUGGAAAAUCGGAAGGAAGAAAAGUUCGAAAUAGAUCUAAUGGCGCCGCCUCCACAAGUAAGAUCGUCUCCGGAGAGAGAUAACAAGAUUGCUUCGAAGGCAUCAACAGUGGAUCCUAAGCCGAUUUUUUCAAUUGAUGAUGCACUGUCGGUACCAAAAAAUAAAGAAGAUGAGAAGGGUUCGACAAAUGUGGCAGCUGAAGAAAAGAAAGGUACAGGGUUAAUCGAAGAAGCAGAAUCUCACAAAGAAAUCGAGAGUAAGGGAAGGAAUAUUGAUUUGCAUCUCGAUUUGGAAAAGUCCGAUAGAGACGGCUGUGCUGGAUUUAAUUCGACAGUGAACAAAUCGCAACCGCAGAUUCAUAAGCAGAUGCCGUUUAAGCCAACCAAAGAAGAACCACCCACUGAUAAAUCUGGUCAUGUAACAAGCUCAUUGCCUUUGCCUUUGCCUAUGCCAAUGUCAGUUGCUAACUGGCCGGGCGGGCUUUCUCCGAUGGGAUACAUGGCCCCUUUGCAAGGAGUUGUCUCGAUGGAUGGAAGCGGUGUCACACCAUCACAUAUGCAGCCACUAUUCUCUCAGCCCCGUCCGAAAAGAUGUGCCACACAUUGCCACAUUGCUCGAAAUAUACACUGUCUGCAGCAGUACAUGAAGAUGAACCCCUUUUGGCCGGGUCCCACACCACCCCCAGCCUCGUUAUUCGGGUCGACCCGCCCGCCCGCGCAUGAUCCAAAUGUGAAUGUAACAGUUAGAGGUGGUAAUAAUAACAACCCCGAUAAUAAGGCUCACAGCCCCAAUCACAGUGGAAAGGAGAAAAUUUCUCAACCGAAUAUCAAUUCCGAUUCUUCGCAGAGAAAGCAACAACAGAUUCUAAUCCAGCAACCAUUACCGCCUUCCGUAUCACCCCCUAAUUUACUGGGGCCCACUUUCAUCUUCCCGUUGAACCACCAGCAGCAACAAGCAGCCGCCGCUAGGCCGAGCUCCGCGAAAUCUCCGGCUGCCAGCAGUGCUUCGUCCGCCGCUGCCGCCACGUCAGCAGCCGCGGCUGCUGCGGCGGCUAUGAGCUUCAACUACCCUAACAUGGCUCCAGCCAACGAAACUCAGUACGUGGCUAUUAUGCAGAACAACGGGUACCCUUUUCCGAUGCCUGCUGUGGGCCCCCCUCCGAAUUACCGGGGCCCGGCCAUGCCGUUGUUCAACGGCUCUUUCUACUCUCCUCAAAUGAUUCACCCUUCACAGUUAUUACAGCAAAACGCGAGUGCGCCUAGUAAUUCCUCGUCUUCUCAGAAGCACUUGCAGAGCCAGCAGCAGCAGAAUCCGUCGUCCAAUAAAACUCAGCCACCUCAGCAGUACGCGCAGCACCAAUCGAGGCCAAGGCACCACCUCGAAGGUGAUCAAGAUAACAAUAGUAGCCCAUCGACGAAUGAUAGUAGUAGUAGGGGGUAUCGGCCUCCCAUGAGUAUGUACGGCCAGAAUUUCGCUAUGAUGCACCCGCAGAAUUUCGCCUUGAUGACUCAUCCUCCUCCUCCUCAAAACGAGAAGAAGGGGGCCCACCAAGCGUCGAAAGGUGGGGGCGAACCCUUGCCUCAGCAUAGUUUUGCUAUGUCGUUCGGUCCUGUGAAUGGAACUAGUGGUGAUAUGAUGACAUCAUCAAUGGCUCAAAAUCAAACGAUGUUUCAGAAUUCCGCGCAGAAUAUGAUGAUAUCAUCAAUGGCUGCACACAAGAAGAGCUUCAGAAUUUCCGAUGACGGUAAAUCGGGAAGCGCCGAUUCCUCUGGGAAGGCGGCUCUUGGCGGCGGCGGUGGUGGUGGUGGUGGACAGUCGAUUGCGUUUACGAGAGGUGAUUCGCCGGUUAGUUCGAUUCAAGCUAAUAAUAGUGUGAUUGAGAGUUCUGCUCGAUCUUUAAACAAUGCGUCGAGUUCUGCACAUAGCUCUAGGGCUGUGGCGGCGGCGAAUGUUGUGGGGCCCACGAGUGUACAGAAUGCUCAUAUUGCUCAGCUCCACCACCACCAGCAGCAACAGCAGCAACAGCUGCAGCAGCUGCAGCAGCAGCAGAUGAUGCAGUUUAAACAGCAGCAGCACCAGCUUGCAGCUAGUCGGAGUAAGGUGGUGCCGCCGCCUACGAAUAAUACCGCCGGAAGUAAUAAUAAUAAUAUAUACUCUGACCAAUUGAAUUUGUCUUCUUCUACCAUGGCUGCCAAAUUUCAGAAUGCGCAAAACCACGUACAGAGCAACACCAGCAGUAAUGGUGGGGCCCAGUCUCCGCAGUGGAGAAGCUCCACUACGAAAACCCCGUCUUCUUUGGCGGUGCCACCGCCAACAACCACGGCCACAACAACGUUAAAGAAUAUUCCUCAGCAUCAGCAGCACUCUCGAAAUCAACCUCAGUUGAUGCACACUCAAAUAUCCUUUAGUGGCGGUUCAAAUCAGAAACCACCGUCAGCAAGUCCACAAGGGGGGCAAGGGCCCCCUCCACCAUCUUCCCCAAUGAUGGUCGGCGGCUCUCCGACGACCUCCUCCGUCUCGAAAGGUGGGCCCGGUGGCAGCCCGCGAACCACUUCGUCCGCUUCUACAAGCAACAAAACGGGCCAAGGUUCUUCCUAUUCGGUGCAGUCGAUAAUGCCUAAUCAGAGGUCUCCCUCGAUUCUUGGAAACCCUAACGUAACUUCUUCGUCCAGCUCAGCACCGAAAGCUCAAAUGCCGAAAACUAUGCAGCAGACGCAGAUGUUCUUCUCGAAUAUGUACAGCCAAUCGCAACCGCCACAUUCGACGAGCAAUAGCCCGAACGCUUCGGGCCCCGGCCCAUAUUAUACGCAGCGGAGGCGGCAGGACCAGCUGGCCCCUGGCAGUGCUCCCACGCCGGCUGUGGGCCCCACUAGUGCUAAUACGAACGAUCCGGCCAUAGCAAUUGCUGCGGCAACAAAGGGUGGUGGUGGUGGAGGAUUGCCCCCUUCACAGGGGGUGAUGCACGCCAUGUUGCCAGCUGGCUUCUCGUAUGUGCAUCCUGUUCCGGCGGCUGUUCCGGCGAAACCUUCCGAGCAGAAACAAACCGUGGGAAACGAAAAUUUGCAUCAAUGGCAGCCUGAGAAGAAGUGAAAGAGACUGUGCAGUGAAUCGUAAUAUCACAAGACAAAAAACACUCUGAUGAAACACAUCUUUCGUGUGGUGGAUUUAGCAAAAAGGCCACCGUUUUUCUCGAAGGAAGUGCAAGGAGUGCUUUGGAGGUUGGAUGGUGCUCUCUACAUGAAAAUUGUCCUGAAAUGCAAAUGCAGUGAAUUUGGCUGUAAUUUGACGGUCAAGGAGUCGGGGCUUUGAACGGGAAAAAAAAGAUCGGAUUUUUUGCGUUCGGUUAUGGAAAAAGAAGUUAGGAAGUUAGAAAAAAGCAAGUGAGGAGCACAGCAUAUAUGAAAAGAUUUUCUCCCAUCUGUUUUGUUUGGUCAUAGGUAGUGGAGCUUCUUUUUUUUCUUUUAAUCUUUAGUAUCUUCUGUUUAGCUUUUGCUGAAAUAACUAAAAGGAAACUAAAAAGACUAACAUUGGACAU